CAUUCGUCUGGUGGACUCCCCAUCUCCUGUGGAGGCUGCAGACCCAUUGCUGUCACAGGACCCUGGCCUGGUGUCUGGAGGAGAAGACGCCCAGCGCAGCCCUCAGCAUGCUCCGGGCGCUUCUAGAAGCUCCCCAGCAGCUGCUGAAGGAGGGCAGAGAGUCGCGGCGGCUGGUGCUGGGGGUGGUGUUCGUGGCUCUGCUCCUGGACAACAUGCUGCUCACCGUGGUGGUGCCGAUUGUGCCCACCUUCCUGUAUGCCACGGAAUUCCAAGACGCCAACUCCUCUCUGCACGCCAGCGCUGCCCUGCGUCCCCAGCACACCCUCACCUCUGCCGCCUUCUCCACCGUCUUCUCCUUCUUUGACAACAGCACCAUAGCUGUUGAAGAAAGUGCACCCAAUGGCACAGCGUGGACAGGAGGCCCUGCUGCCACCCCCACUCCAGUCACUGAAGCCAUCUCUGCACGGCAGAACAAUUGCUUACAAGGCACAGAGUUCCUGGAGGAAGAGAACGCUCGGGUCGGGAUUCUGUUUGCUUCAAAGGCUUUGAUGCAGCUUUUGGUCAACCCAUUCGUGGGACCUCUCACCAACAGGAUCGGAUACCACAUCCCUAUGUUUGCCGGCUUCGUCAUCAUGUUUCUCUCCACAGUCAUGUUCGCUUUCUCUGGCACCUACACCCUGCUCUUCGUGGCCCGGACCCUGCAAGGCAUAGGCUCUUCAUUUUCAUCUGUCGCAGGUCUUGGCAUGCUGGCCAGCGUCUACACUGACGACUACGAGAGGGGGCGAGCCAUGGGCAUUGCCUUGGGGGGCCUGGCUUUAGGCGUGCUGGUGGGAGCUCCCUUCGGAAGUGUGAUGUACGAGUUUGUGGGGAAGCCUGUCCCCUUCCUCAUCCUGGCCUUCCUGGCCCUACUGGAUGGAGCGCUCCAGCUCUGCAUCCUACAGCCAUCCAGAGUCGCUCCUGAGAGUACCAAGGGGACUCCGCUCUUCACACUUCUCAAAGACCCCUACAUCCUGGUGGCCGCAGGUUCCAUCUGCUUUGCCAACAUGGGCGUAGCCACACUGGAGCCCACCCUGCCCAUCUGGAUGGUGCAGACCAUGUGCUCCCCUGAGUGGCAGCUCGGUCUGGCCUUCCUGCCUGCCAGUGUCUCCUACCUCAUUGGCACCAACCUCUUUGGAGUUCUGGCCAACAAGAUGGGUCGGUGGCUGUGCUCCCUGGUCGGGAUGAUGGUAGUAGGUGUCAGCUUGCUCUGUGUCCCUCUGGCUCACGACAUUUUUGGACUCAUCGGCCCGAACGCAGGCCUUGGCUUUGCUAUAGGCAUGGUGGACUCCUCUAUGAUGCCCAUCAUGGGGCACCUGGUGGACCUGCGGCACACCUCUGUGUACGGGAGCAUCUACGCCAUCGCCGACGUGGCCUUCUGCACGGGUUUUGCUGUCGGCCCGUCCACUGGAGGUGCCCUUGUGCAGGCCAUCGGCUUCCCGGGGCUCAUGGCCAUCAUCGGGGCAGUCAACAUGGUCUACGCUCCUCUCUGCUACUUCCUGCGGAGCCCCCCGGCCAAGGAGGAGAAACUCGCUAUUCUGAGCCAGGACUGCCCCCUGGAGACCAGGACGUAUGCAACCCAGAGGUCCACCAAGGCGUUCCCCCUGGGGGACGACAGCGAGGAGGAGCCUGACAGUGACAAGUAGUAGCAGAAGGUGACUCUGAGUCCUGUCACCUGUGACUCCCGAAGGCCCAGACUCCAGUGACCACCCUGCACUGGGACCCUCGGGGGCUGCUCGGCGGGCUUCACUUCCCUUGGUCUUGGCGAC